GAUAUGUCAUCGAUGAAGCUUGUAAACCUUGUCAAAACUGCAUUUUGAUAAGGAAUCGCUUUGGUGGCGGCGGGGAAUAGCCGCUGGUAAUCCAUCGUUACUGUGGUGGGAAUCAUGGCUUCGGCUUCAAUGAUGUUCGAAUAAAGCCAUAAUCAUUUAGGAUCAAGUAAGAUGAACCAUCCUGUGAUGCAGCCCAUUACGGCAAGGUAGCCAGCUAGUUUUAGGAGAAGUUCUUCUCGCCAAGAGAGGUGUAUCAAUAGCGAAAGAGCACAAUAUCUCGAAUAUAAAAGAGACCUAUUCGACCCGAUGGUUGUGCUCUUCUCUAUCACAUUAAAGCACACACCGGAAGCCAGCAAGCUAGCCCAAUACCUCAGCAUCAACACCUACUUCAAAUUGAAGUUAAAACAACCAUCAUUCAAAAUGUUUUUCACCAAGACCCUCGCUCUCCUCAUCGCGGCCGCCGCUCCUCUAAGCCUUGCCGCCCCAGCAAACGGAACAGAGAUCCAGGCUGACUUCUGGGCUCAGUUCUGUGAUGAUACAUCCUGCUCUCAGAACUGUGGAGAGUCAGUCAAGGUUUCCGACCCCGGCUGCCUUAACGAAGGCGGCCGUAAGUCUAUCCUAUUCCACGGCGAUGAAAAUGAUGGCGACUAUGCCUUCGUAGUCUCGUCGGGUGGGAAUUGCCCUUGCCAAAGCACGUGCACAUCGGUUCCCCACAAUACAAACUGCUGGGACAUCAGCCAGUACUCAGGCGAUCAAUCUUUCCGCUUCGUCGGUGGAAGCUGCGGCUCAAACAACUGCUAAGCAUUCACGACAAGGCCGUAUAUCUGCGCACUAGCUAUUAGGAAUUAGCAAUCAUAGUAGUCGCAGAAUUCUUUCCGGAG